AUGAGCAGCAGCCAAGUGUGCCGCCCGCACUUCCACACGCCGCUGCACCCGUGGCUGUCGGAGAGCAAGCCCAUGGUGGGCCACGGCUCGGCCUGGUGCAGCCCGUUCAGCGGCGGCGGCGGCAGCGGCUCGUCCAGCUCGGUGGCCGUGUCGUCGGCCUCCAACCCGUCGACGGGCAGCGCCAGCGGCGACGAGAAGCCCAUGUCGCCGUCGGCCGGCUCGAGCGGCGGCGGCGGCGGCUCCAACGGCUCGGCCAACGCCAACGGCAGCGGCGGCGCGCCAUCCGCGCACCACGGCGUCGCCUCCUCCGCCGCGCACCACCUCUUCACCUUCCCGCCCACGCCGCCAAGGGACGCGACCGCCCGACUCGGGACGGUGCGGCAGACGGCGCUCACCAGCAGCGCGUCCACGUCGAUCGAGCGCCAGCGACUACCAGAACGCGGCAGGCGCGUGGCGCACGCGCCGCCAGGGCGUUCGCCUCUCAUGCACCAGGCCAGGACUCGGGUGGCGUGCGGCGCCGGCGCGGCGCAGCUCGACAUCAAGCCCGGCGUCAACAUGCUGAAACUCGGCGCGGGCGCCGCAGGACGGCGGCGGCGCCAAACUGCGGCAAUCGGCGGCGGCGGCGAGCGGCGGCGGCCGUCAAGGCAGCGCGAAGGCAUACAGCAAGCAGCAGCAACAGCAACAACAGCAACAGCAGAUGGUGCAGCUGCAGGGCCAGCAGCCAGACAGCAGCAGCAACCCCAGCAGCCAGCAGCAUUAGGCAUGGGCCCCCACGGCCACUACCCGCCCCCGCCGCCCCUGCAGCCCUCGCCCUACCCGCACCACGACUCCGCCACCCCGUCCUACAUGAGCUACACGUCGCACCACCUCAACCACCACUCCAUGUCCCACCACCACCACCAUCCGUCCAUGUUCGCGGCCAAGUCGCUGGCCACCCACCAGCCGGGGGGCGCCCCGGGCGGUGUAAACGCGAAAGCGUCGAGAACCAAAUCGAGAUCGAGCGCUGGAAACAUUGGAAAUCAGUGUAAACUCAUCCAUCCACGCUUCGUCGGAACUUCUUCGAUACACGUCUACACGUCCGGAGGUUGGAAGGCUGUCCGUCAGUCAUCACCAGCCCCUCCCUCCCCGCCACCGUCGCCAGCGCCGCCAAUGCCCGCAACCGCCGCGCCGCCCACGCUGCCACCGCCACCACCACCACCACCAUCCAACGCCACCGCCUUCUCCGCUGCCCUGCCACCGCCGCCAGCGGCAGGUGAGGGCGACUUCCGCCGCCAUUACGCCGCCUCCUAA